AUGGGAGGCAAAGACGCUCUCAUGGGAGAGUCGCCAUGGAGUGUUCUACUGAAAGUAACUGGAACUGGCGGUACGAACAGCACUGAUUAUUCUGACAUUGAGUUCCCCCCUGUGUGUGGAGGUACACUUGUCACACCACGCCACUUCAUUACGGCUGCCCAUUGUUUCUGGAGAAAUGUGGGUGCUACACCAUGCAGCAUGGAGGACAUGUAUCCGAUUGAUUUUGUAAGGAAGAAUUCCAUAGUCCAAGUUGGUGGUAUUUGUUAUGAACAAGACACCAAAGUGAAAUGUAGCGGUAAGAAAGUCGGCACAAAAAUGCGGGUCAAAAACGGAUUCUAUGAAGGAUUUUUCAAGGCAGGAUGUACUGGAACGAGAGAUAUUGCAAUUAUGGAAUUGGAUAGGGAUGUUCCUGCUGGCAUUCAUCACAUUUGCUUGCCUCACCUUCACCAUAUGGAUGAACUGGACGACGACUCGAUGAAGCUCUUCUCAACUGGAUGGGGCCUCGAUCCACUUCGCGGUUACUUCGAGAAACCAACUCCAAUCCUGCAGAAGAUUGAUUUGGGUAUGCACUAA